ACAGACCAAACAACAAUUCGAUCAAUCAAUCAAUCGUCUCACACACUUGACUAUACGCCUCUUUGUCCCAUGAACGAUUAUUGACUCAUCCACAUACCUCUUUCCCUCCCCUCCCCCCUGACCACACCGCUCCUAAUGGGGGAGCCAACCACCUACACCACCACCCAUACAAAGGCACCCAGCCCAUUAGACGGACCGGCCGCUGCCAAACCUCCCACAAACAUAAAAAGGUCGUCUCGGCCAAGACCCCUCCUUCAACGCAAGACCAAGAGUCUACUCAGCGGUAAUAGCGGUGACUCACCUCGUCUUGCUUCUGGCUCCGCUGGUUCCGUCGUCAGUAGUGAGUCUGUCUCGCGACACGGCGACAGGGACAAGGGCAAAGGCAAAGACGACAACAGUAAGGCCAUGGCAGCAAGUUUCUUGCAAUAUUGUGCCAUGUGCGAAAAACAAAUCAUGACGCCAUCCAACUCGAUUCUAUAUUGCAGCGCGGCCUGUCGCCGCAAAGACUCCGCCAAACCUCUAUCCGCGUCCCUGGCGUGCCUGAGUCCUCCACGAGUGCAUUCAAUGCCAUCCUCGCCCUUGUCUUGCACGCGGAUACCCGCCGACUUGCACGAUCAUAAACCGGAUCUAGACCCGACCGAAUGGAAACCCAAAUUACACGACCGUCAACAUUCUGAAGCAUUUCGUUACUUGUCUCGGUUCAGUCAAAGCAUCAAAGGCGGAGAGGGAGCCAGUGCCACCACCACCAUGUCUAUACCAAAUCAUACCCAUCAUCAUCACGAAUAUGUAAAACAGUUGCACGAUCGCGAUAACACCAGCACCAUGAGCACCACCAGCACCGGUAGCAUGACCAUGACCAUCACCGGCAGUAUGACAACACCAAUUCCAUCUCUCGGCACCACACCAACCACCACGAUGACCACAUCCACCACAUCCAGUUUCAACAGCAUGUACGACUUCAACCUGCGUCCGCUCCAACCACGUCAGAACCCCAUGUAUUAUUCCGCGAGUGCGGGUGCUCACAAGGGAAUUGAUCUGGUGACCCCACACGUUGCUCCGCCUCUACCGUUGGCAGGGACCAGUCCGGACGGCGCUGCAAGUAUGCCUACGACUUAUGAUCAUGACUUUUGGGGCAAGAAAGUGGUCAUUAGGCAACGUGACAAGCCGUCGCUUGCGAGUGACGGUUUGGGAUCGUUGUUUGGACAGGGGAAAUAGAACGGACUGACCAUGUCCACGACGAUGUCCACGUCCACCUCUACGUCUUUCCAUUGUCACCUCGGAAAAAACGAAAAGUCUCGUAAUCUGGAAACCCCUCUCUCUUUCUGUCGUUGGUUUGCUCAUUCUGCUUGUCUGGCUAUCCGGUCUUUUGACUUGAAGAGGCCAUGUUGUGUCACGUCUGGCACUUCAAUCAUAGAUCUUUUCUUCACCCGAUAUAGACAUCUUUCAAGAUAUAGACACGUCAUCUUGCUAUUCCUACCCGUCCCCCAAUUUCGUCUUGCCGUCGUCAGAGCGAUCAACAAGGUCGAGAUUGAUCUGCGUGGAAGUAGAUGCCUAUGUUUAACGAGC